GGGCCACGCUGGACCAAAAGCACAUGCGCCGCCCCCUUCUCCGCGCCGCCGACUGCGUGUGGUGCCAUCGUGCUGGAAGCGAGCGCGGAUGGCUUCAGUCCCAUCGGAAAACCCUAGCCAGCGGCGGUGGAGCUUCACCUGGGAAACGCUCUCUUACAUCCCCACCCUCCGCCUCUACCUCUUCCACCCGGAUGUUGACCCCUCGGCGCGUUGCCGAAACCUCGCUGCAUCCCUCCGCCUCGACCAGUUCGUUAUCCUCGUCUCCUGGGUCGAGGAUGGAGGCGAGAACGACGUAGCACUCAGGGUUCCUGUUCCUAGAGUGUUAAUCGACCCGAGCUGCCGAGUGGAUUGCAGGGCCACAAGCGACCAUGUCGAGAUUAAGCUGGCGUUGGUCCUCCCGUUGGAUAAUCCCGCCGUUUCGGAUUUACUUGGGGUCCUCGAUCCCGGUUCUUGGGAUACUGCGAGCGGUGCCGGCGGGGUCUCCAAUAGGUCGCUUCCGCUGUCCUUGGAUUCCGAUAUAAAGAACCUUUCCGCUGGCGCUGUGGAUUUCUUUUGCAAGUCAUGCUCAACUAAGCUAACGAAACAACACCUGAGACAAUUUGUGGAAAUGCCGUCGGUGAAUUGGCAAGAGGUGGCAGACAAUUGGUUUGGAAAUUGCUGCUGUUCAUUUGGCGGUGCAAGUGAGAAAAUUGUCUCUCAAUAUGUCAACAGAUAUGACUGCUCUGCUGGUACAUGCCUACUUGAUAGUGCUUCAAUAAUUUUAUGCCAGGAUGAUCUAGAGGGUUAUACAAUUCAGGAUCUCCUAACUGGAUAUCCUGAUCACCAAAAUAAUGAGCAAGCAUCUAAUGGUGUCAGAAUUGAUUCUGCAAAUGGGAGUAGUUAUUGUCAGUUUGCUGAAGAUGUUGCUGCAGAGGCAUUGGAUUUUUCUUCAUGUAAAAUGGGAGGAGCAUGUAUUGAUUUAGCAAAAGUAACACCUGUUCAAGGGGACACUGAUCAUGUGUCUUUCCCAAAGCUUAUCAUUGAUGAGAUGCUAAGUUCUGAAGAUGCAAAUUUCCUGAAUCUUAAUUCAGAUUAUUGCUGUGGAAAAUCAGAGAAACAUUUUUUAGAUCUGCCUAACACCAUAUCUUCAGAUGGUCAUUGCCACAACUGUGAUGAUAAAAUGUGCAAUGUGUUAAAUCAUACUUCUGGAGGAUCUAUGCUUGGUCCAUCAGCCAUGCCUAGCAGUCAGAAAUGGCCGCAUAAUAAGUCUCUUGGAGGUGGCUUUAUAGUUCCAACAUCCAAUUUUUCACAUGAUGUUAAAUGGGUUAAUGUUUUAUGCAAAAAUUGCUCAUCUCUUAUGGGGUGCUAUCCUUCUUCUAGAAGUGCAAAUGUUCCACUAGAUGGUGGAAUUCGACUAUUCAAGUUUUGCAUUUCUACCUGUGCUUCAAUUGGCAGAACUGGUGACAUAUUCAGAAAUCACACUUUGCAGAGAGUUUUUGCCAAUUUGCUACUAGAAAGUGCAGAAGAUGAACUUUCAUACCGGAUAAUUGUUAGGGACAUGAAUUCAGGGACUCCAAUGCUACUUCUGGUUUUCUUAAGUUCAAAAUCUUGGAGUUCUAGUGGCUAUUGCAUGGAAAAUGUCGGCAGGGGACCACUCCCUUCUGCAGAUUUGCAACGUUUUCUGAAAGUAUUAUUUUCUGAUUGCAACAUUGAUUCAAAAGCAAGUGCAAGGAUUAUUGAGGACUGGUCAACUAGAAAUCAUGCUGAGGAGGUUUAUAUGUUGACCCACCUAAUAGAAGAAUUGACAGUUUACCUAAAAUCAGCUUUCUACAAGUUGCCGCCAUCUUGUUCUUCCUUACAAGGGAUGUCCUUGUCAUCACUGGAAAGAUAACUAGUGUCAAUUUAAUCUUAUCCAUCAGAUUGGAGCUUAAUUCCUUUGGAGUCAGGAUCACGUCAAUAAUAAGAUCGUCAAUUCUCCAAGAAUUGCUUUUGUUUUAAUAGCUGGAGCUGGUUUUAUGAGUAUGUUUCAGGAACUCGUGGAGAUGUUCAUAUGGUUUCAAGAGGUUCUAGAGUAAAGGACGUCGGUGCGCUCACUAGUUUUGUUCUGAAGCGUGUCAUAGUUUUCAGAUUCUCUAUGCGGCUGUUUUAUCAAUACCACACCUGAAGUUGAAUGCUUUGUCAGCUGUUUGGACAAAAAUGGCUACAUGGUCUCGGGCCCGAUGCUGAUCAUGCACCAUGAAAAAAAGUGCUACAGAAUCCAUGCAAUUGAUACGUAAAAUUUAUAAAGCCGAAUGUAAUUGGGUUGCUUUAUGAACUCAAUCAUGCACUAAUUUCACGCUUCUCUUGCAUUCUGGGUUUUUUUCCCCAGAUAGAUAUCUAAUUAGGAAUUUCCAUCCUUUAUAUGCUCCUACAUGGAUCUGUAUGGUGCUCGAACAUUUUUCUAGACGUGGUGACGUUCAAAUGUUUGAGUUUUUUUACCUUCAUUGUGACACCCGUCU